AUGACGAUCUUUACCAUCUCAUUUAACUAUAAUUUUAUAAUACAAGUGAAAAUGGACAAGUACCUAGCACACUCUGUAUCUGAAGCUGCAUCAGUUGCAUGGACCCAUUAUACAACUACAGAGAGAGCAGAGCCACUGCUUGCGAGACUCCACUAUCAAUCAGAUCUCAAUAACUUCACUAAAAGUGACAAUCUCAAUGAGCAAGAUGAGGUACCCACUGAUGACCAACCAAACUCUGAAAAUGGACCAUUUGACCCCUACACGGCCCAGUCCCUAGUUUGUGAGCUCAACAACCAGGUGAUGAUGUCUCAAGCAUUAGCAGCAGAAGCCAAGUUCAUUGCACAGCAAACUACAUUUGAGGUACAAGAGCAGCCCCUCCCCCCAGAGGAUGAAGCCAGAGGAGUGCAAUACAUCCCUGAAAAUAUGCCGAUAGAAACCGUUGUAUCACAAGACACCACACGGCAGCAAAGUGAUGAAGUCAUAGCAACGCAAGACAAUUCUCUGCAGUAUUUGGCCGAAUGUAUGGUUGGAGAAUUGCUGAGUCAGCAGGCCUACUCACGUGCUUGUGCUGCCGAGACAAGGUUCACAGAGGUCACUAGUAGAGCACAUCCAAUGGACACCACUAUAGACGAACCUUCACCCAAAGACCCUACAAUGGGUACACUAUUAUCAUCCGACGCAAGGAGACCAAUUGUCAACGAUGUCAUUGCAAGUACGGAGGUUCAGAUGGUGUCAACUGGCAACUCUAUGAAGCCCCGCCCACUUGUAGAUGCUGGUACGAGUACAGAGCCACACCCACUUGUAGACGCUGAUACAAAUACAGAGCCACACCCACUUGUAGACGCUGCUACGAGUGCAGAGCCCCGCCCACUAAGAGAGGUGGGUUGUAAUACGAUGGUGCAUUGUCUGGAUGUUUUACGACGGGCAAAGGAAGUGGAAGAGUUGAACAUGCUCAAAGCAGAUCACAUAAUUCUCGUUAAGCAACUAAACGAAGAUAAGUCGCAGCGAAUGGUUGCCAAUAACCUCGUCAAAAUCAUUCAAUCAGAUUUGAGCGAUUUACGCCAGAAAAAUGUGUGUGAGGUGACCACUAGAAUGAGGCUUGAGAAUGACCUCGGAGAUGCUAAGGCUGAGCUGAUGUAUGCCAACAGGCAGCUCGCAGAAAAGGAGGCAAGAAUAAAGGAACUAGAGGACAGCCUCACUGGUACAUCAAUAUUGGUGAGGAAAUUGGAAGAACAAAACUCUAUCUCACUCAUGAAUAGAGGUGGUAUCGACUACAUGUUGCAGGCUAAACUGGCAGACGGGCGAGCCAGAGAGGCUGAACAGAAACUGGGAUUGGUACAGGCUGAACUGCUCCAGACCCAGACGGAGGUGAGGAUGCUCCUGGAGAGGGUAGGGGAGGUGGCCAGAGAGAGGACAGAGAGUGUCUCUAGUAAAGUACACACUCAGCUAUUACAGUUGGCCGAUGAACGGGCAAUGGUUGCCGAGCAACAUGCACAGGACAUGGAGAGAGAGAUAAGAGCUCUGAAGGACCAACUUUCCUCUGGAGGGGGUGCUCCUAAAAUGGGUGUGGUCAGCUCUGCACCGUAUGGACUUUCCUACGGCUCCACUUAUUCGCCUCUGUCAACUACACCAAGCUUUCUCUCUUCUAGUGGUCUGUCGUCCUACCCCUCCACUUCUCUGGGGGCGACCUAUAGCACGUCAGGAUAUCUAUCACAUGACAAGCCUUCGUAUUUGCUACCAUCUUCCCUCAAGACAUUUGAUCCGCUCAAACCAAGCUCAUUUGGAACUGAACCUUUGAAAUCACAUGACUACAUGACCUCUCCGUACAGCCAGAUGGAACCUAAAGUAUCACAUGACCUUACAACAAAACCAGCGUACUUUGAACCUAAGGACCCUGAACCUAAGGACUCUGAACCUAAAGAGAUUGAAUUACCUCUAGUGUCGAAUGUUCCAUCUGACAAGAUUCCACCCAUGAGUCAUGUGACUGAGAAGGAUGAUUCUGGCUCGUCUGAUUGGUCGUCUAGUGAUGAGGAAACGAGUGAUGCUCUCCUCCCCUCCUCACACCGCACACUUAUAUCACAAUGGGAGUGGCGGGCUAUGAACAAGGACACCCCCACCUCCACACCCUCACAGCCCACAUCCGCCCCCUCACAGCCCAGGAGGAAACCACCUCUCAUUGCCCCCAAACCCAAACACUUGAUACCGGCGGCUAAUCAAGUAAUGACAUUGGAAGCUCCUUCCUCCUUCACUGAGGCUGUCCGCGGCCCGUCCCUCCUGACCAGUAAGAGAGUGAGAGGACCUCGAGGGAGGAGACUGCCAGUCCGGUUCAGUAAGGCCAGCUAUGUGCUCUCGUGAACUCAGUGUGUGUGUGGUGUGAGUGUGUGUGGUGUGGUGUGGGUGUGUGUGGUGUGGUGUGGUGUGGGUGUGGGACUUUCUUUGACAUAUUUGUAAUUGUGUGCACGUGUUUGUUUGUUUCUUUGUGUUGCUAAUGGUAAUAAGAUAUUACUUUAGUAGUUUGUAGAUUUGUUUUAUUAAUUGCUUUAUACAACAGGUAUAAAUAUUGUAUGUGUGUGUGUUGGUUUUGUCAUACUACAUGUACGUGCAAAUUAACUGUUGUUAGUAAAU